AUGGCGCCGGUCCUUCGAGCAAGACAGAGCUUAUCAAAGGAUAAGUUCUCUGGCUACUUUGGCAACCUCAGAAGUCAGCCCUACAACGACCCCAAUAACUCGCGGGGCUCGAAUCCCCAUAGCUUGCGAUGCAUCGCUUGGAACCCCCUCGGAACUCUGGUAGCAACAGGGUCGUCAGAGAAAACCCUCAGAGUGUGGAACCCUGAAAAACCUCACGUGAAGUUUUCAACGGAGCUCAAGGGCCACUCAGCAUCUGUUGAGAAGGUCGCAUUCAACCCAACAAAGGAUGCAGAGCUUUGCAGUGUGAGCAGUGACGGCGUGGUCAAGUUCUGGGACGUGAGGACAAAAGCAUGCUUUAACGAGGUCAAAGGACUUGGGGACGCUUUUACUCUUGUCUGGGCGCCCGAUGGAGCCACGCUUCUCGUUGGGAACAAGGCAGAUACCAUCUUCGUUCUGUCGCCAUCUCAGUCGACGCCUCUCAGCACGCAUCAACAGUCCGUGCAGACCAACCAGAUCGCAUUCUGCUGGAGCGGUGAGAAGAUCUUCGUCACGACAGCAGAAGGACGUAUCCGAGUCUUGUCGUACCCUGGAUUUCAACCCGUACUGCAGAGCAAACAUGGAGAAGAGACGGACGAGUUUGAGCUCAAUGGACAUACUUCUUCGUGUCUGACUGCUGAUCUACAGCCUACGGGGCGGUAUCUGGCGACGGGAGGCUCAGAUUCAAUUAUUGCAUUGUGGGAUACAACAGACUGGAUUUGCCAGCGAACAAUCACGAGGAUGGUCGGGCCAGUGAAGAGCCUCAGCUUUACGUUUGAUGGUAGUUUUGUUGUUGGUGGAAGCGAUGAAGGAUCUGGCCUGGAAGUAUCGCAUGUCGAGACGGGAGAACAUGUCCACACAUUCAAGACAGCCGGUGCUUGUCCAGUAGUUGCUUGGGCUCCAACAAGGUAUUGCCUUGCAUAUAGUGAUUUGGGCAUUUUGCGGAUCGUGGGUGUCGAUGUUGAUAGGAAGUAA